GCUAUCUAAUAUCAGUUUAGUAAUAGUUACGGCUCGUGAGUGUUGUGUAUUGUGCAGUGCUUGUGCGUAUGUAUAAAAUUACGAGAUAGACAAAUUAAACAAAAAACUAAUAUUUACACACCGUAGAUAGUAAUUAUGAUCUGUUCUUAAGCGUUUUUUCAUUAGAUAUUGUGGUUCAUGCAACACUAACAGAUUCACUAUGCUUCAACAAAUUCUAAAAGAUAUGUAUGUAGAUCCGGAGCUGUUGGCUGAACUUGAUGAAGCUCAGAGACAAACUCUAUUCUGCAGAAUGCGAGAAGAACAAGUUCGUCGUUGGAAACUUUGGGAUAAAAAUGAGGGUUCUAGAACAACAAGUUUAAAAAAACAAUCAAGUAAGAAAAAAGUACAUUGGAUGUUAGAUAUCAAUGGUGAACCUUGGACAUGGGUCAUGGGGGAACAUAAAAAUGAUAAAACCAUUGAGCAAAUUAUUGAAGAAGAAGCAAGGGAGGCUGCAAGAAUACAAGCAGAACAAGAGACUGAGCAAUUGAGAUUGAAGGUGGAACUGGAACUGAUGGCAAUGUUGGAAAACAAAACAAAGGCUCAGUACAGUACCCAGGAAGUUGUACAUCACGAUAUUGAAGAAAUUUACUGUUCAGUAGAAGACUUAAAAACUUGCACGGCUAGAAAUUCGUGCGUAACGGCUCAGCCAAUUCGCGGAGCAUUGAAAGAACUGUCAUUCAACAAAGUAUCCGAGCGCGUGAGAAAUUGGGAACAGAGGGUUAUGGAAGAACGUACUUCAGAAAUAUAUAAAAAAAUGAAAAAUAAAAAGGAGGAAGAAGAAAGAAAAGCUGAAGAAGCUGAUAAAAAACAAGAAAUCGUUUGGCGAGAACAAGAGCAAAGAGCUAAAGAAGCAGAAUUACAAAAACGACAAAUUGCACGGCAAGCUAGAGAAGAACAUAGACGGUCAUUGUUGUGCACUGAAAAUCAAUUUAAUAGUGUGUUAGUGCCAAACUCUUCUAAGCCGCCAAGUAAAAAAGCUGUUAUUGAAUGGUUUAGAGCUAAAGAAAUACCUAGGCGAGCGGGUUUUGAACAAAAUAAGAAUGCUAUAGCUACAUGGUUCCACGGCCUUAUUACGAGAAAAGAAGCCGAAGUUUUGUUACAUAAAGAACCAGUUGGUAGUUUUCUGGUACGAUUAUCUGAAAAGAUUUGGGGCUAUGCCAUAACUUAUAGAGAUUACGACUGUUGCAAACAUUAUUUAGUGGAUGCAUCCAAUGACCAUUAUCAGUUUUUAGGUACUAAUCAAAUACCUCACAAUACAUUAAGUGAAUUAGUUAGUUAUCACAGAAAAAAACCGAUUACCAAAACUGGCGAUGAGCUUUUGUUGACACCCUGUAAUCGAUCAUCUAAAUUACCUCCAUUAGUAUUUCAAGGACUAUUGAAAACUUAAGUUAUUCUGAUAAAAUGUUUUUUGUUUUAUAGUCUGUAUAAAUUUUUAUUAUAUUUUUAAGUUAUUAAAAACUACUUUCUUUUUGAUAAUUUAUUUCACUAUGAUUAUAAAUUUAUGUUUUAUAUUUAAAAACUUACCAUUUUAUAUUUAGUACCUAUAUAUGUAUACAUACAUGUAUAUACAUAAAUUACCUACUUAGUCAUAUGUUUGUUAUUUAUAUAUAUUUAAAUUUUAAUGUAUUUUAGUAAUUUAAAAACUAUUAAAUAUGUUUUUUUGUUCACUAUA